GACACGGUUGAAGAUUAUCUACAACCGUGGUUUUUGUUUUUGAAGCACUUUAAAUAAUUUUCAGUGUAGUUACUAGUUAAUAGUUAUCACUCUACUGACGUAGUUCUUGACACUUGUUUAAAAUUUAAAUCUCAAUUGUUAAUUCCUCAGCGUUGAGACGUUGAGAGUAAGUUAUAUCUAUUAAUUUUAUUUUUUUUUGACGAUAAUGAAUUGGCUGUGAACAGUCACAAUGGCGGAAACGGAGGCAACAGAGCCACAAACUUCUCCAGACGACAAAGAACUGGAAGAGAUUUUAAAACUUACCUGGGGUCAGCAGAUACGACAAGAUAUAUUCCAACGAUGGACCCAAGGCUUUUGUUUCAGUGAUGAUGAACCUACUGCCCUGGUGCAAUUCGAGGGUGGGCCUUGUGCUGUAUUAGCACCGAUGCAGGCAUACAUUAUCAAAAACAUUGUCAACAAUAAAUCUGUUGACAAUGAUUGGAAAAAAGCUGAAGUUGAAGAACAAAACCAUCUUUUAUGUAAAGCCGCCUGUGAUAUCCUUUGCCAAGCAACAGCUGGCUGUGAUAUAUUGAAAUUUGUACAUAUUGAUGAUAAGGUAGGGUGCCUUGAACACAGUCAGUUUCAUUCUAUGCUUAAAGUAGAACAAGUCAAUAAGGAUAGUAUAGAAACUUUUUUAAAAAACCAUGUAAGUUUUAUGCGCGAUACAUUCGGUGUUUUGUUAUUUUUGUAUACAGUCAUGUGUUCUAAGGGUUUAGUUAAAUUAAAAGAAGAAAUAUGUGAUUUAGAUGUAUCAUUGAUUGAUAAAGAAUUUGGCUAUGGUAGCCAAAGUUUAAUUAAUAUGAUGAUUACAGGACAAGCAGUUUCUAAUGUAUUUAAUAACGAUCAAGUAGUAGCUGGGCUUAAAUUGCAAGGUAUUGAAAAACAAAGUGAAGUUGGUUUUAUGACCUUAUUAGAACAUUUAAGAUACUGUCAAGUUGGUACUUAUUUAAAAAAUCCAUGUAACCCAGUCUGGGUAUUGGGCAGCGAUACACAUCUUACUGUUCUGUUUUCAUUUGACCAAAACUUAGUGAGUAAAGAAACACAAGCUGACAUUGCUAGACGAACAUUUAAGUUGUUUGAUCAAGAUGGCAAUAAUUUCAUUAGUACUCAAAGUCUAAAGCCAUUGUUGGAAAAAUUAGACCUCGUAUCUGAUGAUGAAUAUGUAAAUCUAAUGUCCUCAAAAUUGGACUCUGAAGGGCUAGGUAUCAUAUUAAUGCCAUCAUUUAUGGAAGAGUUUUUUUCCGAACAAGAAACCAGAACUCCAGAUGUUUUCAUGGUAUUUCAUUACAAUGGACAACCAAGAUCCAAUUCUAAUUCAAAGGUGACAUAUAUAGAAGGUAAUGCUAUUAUCCAGGAAUCUGAUGUUAUUUGCAUAUCUGAGGACAACAAUUUGCAAUCUUGUUUACAAUCCAAGUGGCCAUACAUUGAAAUACAAUGGAAAGGAAAUGUAACACCUUCAAUUAACUAAAAUUAAAUACUAUUAAAGUGUCAAAGAAAAUAUAUAUAUAUAUAUAUAUAUUUUACUAAAUGUAUGGGUAGUUUAAUUUAAAACAUUUAUAUGACUAUUAUUUAACACUGCAAAUUGUAACAUCAUUUUUACUAAAAUAGUAAAAUUGUAAUACUAAAAACAUUUCCUAUGAUAUUCUGAUUAUUUAAAAACUAUAUUUUGCUAAAUUUGUCAUUAUAUUGUUGGACACUACAUUAAUAUUUUUUCAAUUCUUUGAAAGCUUAUUUAAAACAAUAAAUAUUAGCUUGAAAUACAGAAUCCAAGUAUCUCAUAUUUAUAAAUAUUAUUACUAUGUACAUAUUUAUAAAAAAAAUACAUAUUUUAUGAUUUGAUUAA